CCAAGCAAGGUCACCAGCGUGUGGUGCAUCUGCUCUUAACAUAUGGGGUCGAUAUCAAUGCAACAAGUGCUGACGGGAUGACAGCUCUCGCUCAUGCAGCACUUGAGAGGCGUCGGGAUAUGAUACAAUACCUGCUCAGAGAGAGGGCAUCCAGUGAUAUACAGGACCAAAACGGAGCCACGGCACUCCAUCAUGCCGUGAAACCCGGCGAUGAGAGGGAUAUUAUAUACAUGCUACUAAAAGCGGGGGCGAAAGUCGACAUUCAGGACUCUAGAAAGAAGACAGCCUUGAUGUUGGCAGCAGAGCUAGGAAGAGAAGAGGAUGCCCAUGUUCUGCUCAAGUUCGGAGCGAGUCUUGACAUUCGGGAUGCAGAAGGCCAGACGGCAAAAGAUAUCGCAAAAGAGCGGGGUUGGGAGAUGAUUGUGGCUAUCAUGGAACAUCCUUUGGCGUCACAACGAAAUCUGGGCACAGAGGCGGGCGGGGCCUGAUUUUCCUUUCUAUCUGCUUCGAGUGUAGUAUAAUGGUCCAUUGAAGACACCACUAAACAAAGGACCAUCAUCAGUACGUUGGUCGCCCGCUCCAGAAUGAAUUGUCUGUCUUCC